UAUUAUUGUGGGGGUAAAAUUACAAAUAUGGUAUUAUGUUGGGGUGAAUUGCGGAAAUUGUAUUUUCCUUAUUAAGAUUACGAACGGUAUUAUGAUUUGAUUCAAUUGAGAUUUGUCGUCUUCCUUCUUUCCCUCUCUAUUCCAUAAUAAACACACGUACACGCAGUUGGGGUUUCUGAAUUGUUUCAGAAUGCAAGGAAUCAUCGGCAAUGGCGGAGCAGCAUCGGAAACCUUCAAGUCCACGGCUCUAAUCAAAUUCUCCGGCUUCUUUCUGAUUUCAGUCGUUUUCUUUUACUUGGGCAAGCAUUUCUCCGACGGCUCCGCUCUGCAGCUCGUUUUCUUCUCCUCACACCAAAACCCUCAACCCCAAACGCCGCCGUAUUCCUCCGCCGUCGCUCUUUCUCCUAAUAUCAACACAACCGUCGAUGUCACUCCCCUCAUUAACAAUAUCGUUUCUUCACAAGCUUCCACAAAUCAACAACAAACCUCAUCUUCGGCGUCGCCUCCUCCGCCGCCGACGCCGCCGGCAUUGCAGAGGAUGGGCGUGAUCGAUGAGGACGGCAGGAUGACGGAAGAUUUUGAGGUGGGGGAGUACGAUCCCGAAUCGGUUGAGAAUUUAGGGAGAGGGAAUGAGAGUGUGAGAGACGGGAAUCGGAGUAAUGGGGUUAGGGUUAGGGUUAGGGUUGAGAAGUUCCCCAAAUGUGGAGAUAGUAUGAGAGAGUACAUACCCUGUUUGGACAACGAGGAAGCAAUUAAAAAGUUGAAUUCGACUGAGAAAGGCGAGAAAUUUGAGCGGCACUGCCCCGAAAAAGGCAAUGAGUUGAAUUGCGUGAUCCCUGCUCCUGAAGGUUACAAAACUCCAAUUCCAUGGCCGAGAAGCCGCGACGAGGUCAACUUUUUAUUUUUAUUUUUAAAUUAUUUGAAUUUUAUCUAUUUCACAUCUUAUUAUGCUAUACAGGUUUGGUUUAGCAAUGUGCCUCAUGCUCGUUUAGCAGAGGAUAAAGGCGGUCAGAAUUGGAUCACCGUUUAUAAGGACAAGUUCAAGUUUCCCGGAGGUGGCACUCAGUUCAUCCAUGGAGCAGAUGAGUACUUGAAUCAAAUCGAAAAGAUGAUUCCUGAAAUUGGAUUUGGGCGACACACUCGAGUUGCUUUGGACGUUGGUUGUGGUGUUGCGAGUUUUGGUGCUUAUUUAUUGUCGAGAAAUGUGAUCACACUCUCUGUAGCGCCGAAAGAUGUUCAUGAGAACCAGAUACAGUUUGCACUUGAGCGUGGCGUGCCUGCAAUGGUGGCUGCAUUUGCUACAAGGCGUUUGCUUUAUCCGAGUCAAGCUUUUGACUUCAUACAUUGUUCAAGGUGUAGGAUCAACUGGACUCGUGAUGACGGAAUUUUGCUACUUGAGGUCAACAGGAUGCUUCGAGCAGGAGGGUAUUUUGCUUGGGCCGCACAGCCUGUUUAUAAGCAUGAAGCAGUCCUCGAAGAACAAUGGGAAGAGAUGGUUAACCUUACCAAUCGUCUUUGUUGGACACUUGUAAAAAAGGAGGGCUACAUUGCAAUAUGGCAGAAACCGUUAAAUAACAGCUGCUAUUUGAAACGAGAGGAAGGGGUCAAACCACCACUGUGCGAACCUGAUGAUGAUCCAGACCGUGUGUGGUAUGUUGACUUGAAAGCAUGCAUAUCACGUUUACCCGAGGAAGGAUACGGUUCAAAUGUUACAUACUGGCCGGAGCGCUUACAGAAUCCUCCAGAUAGGCUUCAAACCAUACAAAUUGAUGCUUACAUAUCGAGGACAGAGCUUUUUAUUGCAGAAUCGAGAUACUGGAAAGAAAUAAUCGAUGGCUAUAUACGUAUUUUACGAUGGAAUACAUUGAAUCUUAGAAAUGUGUUGGACAUGAGAGCAGGGUUUGGAGGUUUUGCAGCAGCACUUGCUGAAAAUCAUCUUGAUUGCUGGGUGUUAAAUGUUGUCCCUGUUAGUGGACCGAAUACGCUGCCUGUCAUAUAUGACCGCGGUCUCAUAGGAGUUAUGCAUGAUUGGUGUGAGCCAUUUGAUACAUAUCCGAGAACCUACGACUUAAUUCAUGCUGCUGGACUUUUCUCAAUCGAACGCAAAAGGUGCAAUAUUACAACCAUCAUGCUUGAAAUGGACCGUAUAUUGAGGCCAGGUGGGCGUGUGUAUAUUCGUGAGUCACUGAGUAUAGUGGAGGAACUUGAAGAGAUUGGAAGAGCAGUGGGUUGGCAUGUUUCGUUGAGGGACCCUUCUCAGGGCCCGCAUGCUAGUUAUAGGAUCUUAGCUUGUGAUAAGCCUUUCACACGGGACUGAAAUACCGAACCGAAGAAGUUAUAUGGAUCUCUCCGAAUUGUGUAUACAGUUUCUCUGCACAUUGACUUGGGCAAUACUAAGCAAUGAGCUCAAAACGUACAUUUUCGAAUAAAUGAUAAAAAUGAAUGAUAUUCCAAGAAUUAUGCACUUUGCAGAUUUACACGGCUGUAUGGACAGUAAGCCCUGCACACAGUAACUGAUAUGAGAAGGAAACUCGACCCGUUGUUUUUUUUUUUUUUUUUUUUUUGGUGCCGUUAGCCAGUAGCAUUUAUAUUAUACGAUUUUAUAUAGUCCCUUAGCCUUUUUAUUUUGGCUCUCUUACUAUAUAUUUUUUUUUCUUUUUUUUUUGGUUUGGAGGUUGUAGGCACUUGUAUAAUCUAUUAGGCAAAAAGAGAAGCUUCAAUUCUUGUAUUUUUUUCCUGCAAUUUUUUUUUUUGACACAAUUUAUUUUUUAUGAUCUGUUAUUAUACUUUU